AUGGAUAUUUUUAAAAAACACAGACAGAACGCAAAGAACGUAACGAACACUUUAUUGCAUGAAGCCAAUAAGAUAGCCGAAGAAUGCGGUUUUGAAUUAUCUACCCCUAGAACUGUAGGCAAGCAACAGCAUAGAAGCAAUCAACCAGCUGAUACGCCUACUGAAUACUGGAGGCGAUCCAUGAUUCUUACGUAUCUGGAUUCUAUCAUAUCUUCUCUAGAGACACGAUUUUCCGAAGAAAAUACGUCAGCCUUCGCUCUGAGUCUUCUGCAUCCCAAGCAUUUUUCAAAAAUUUAUUUAAAUUGCCUUAAAUUAGAACUGAGACAAUCCUUAAACCACUAUGAAAUAGAUGGAAUAGAUGCAGAGCUAGAAGAAUGGGUAGAACACUGGAAUAAGAAACUCCUUAAUAAUGAGUUAGAUAACUUCAACACCCUUGAAAUGUUUUAA